AUGCUAUUCUUGAGUCUUUCCAUGCUCAAGCAGAGAUUGUUGAGACUGUCCAUGGCAGAGGUGGGUAUAUACAGUUUUUCUCAGGAAGAAGACUGGGAUGACAUAUUCAACAAUCCUCCGACCAUUUGUACCCCGAAAAAUGCAGAACUUGACAUGGAUUUGGCUUCAUCUGAAUGGUUAGUCAAUGAGCAUCACACACACCAGUUUAGUAUUUCUUCCUCACCCUUCACAGCCAAUUUGCAUGCCAUUGAAGAAUACUUGAUGGAUUCCCACCUCCACGAUCAUCAUGAUAUUGAUAAUCAUAAUGUGGGAAUGGAAGAAGAUGAUCAUGAUCAGCAGACAGGAAGCCAGCUUGAGCUUGAUGAUGAUAUCUUGGGUUCUAUUGAAAUGCCUCAAGAUUUGGACAUGAUGGACUGUUUUACAGAUCAGGGUCCUCAAGAAUUCAUGGUUUUGAAUGAUGAUUCCAUACAAAGCGAUAGUAUCACAAAUACCAAUAUCAGUAGUAGUAGAUCGGUUGGAACCACGAUUAAAGAAUCUUCCUCUGUUGAUAAUGGUGGCUCGCAAGAAGGAAAAGAGUUGAACGAGAAUGACUACAAAGGCCUGAGGCUUCUGCACCUACUAACAGCAUGCGCAGAAGCCAUAUCCCAGGAAUCUCAAGACCUUGCAGAAGUAAUUCUACUAAAACUAAGCAAGCUAGUAUCUGCAACAGGCUCCACCAUGGAAAGAGUAGCCUACUAUUUAUUCCACACCCUGCACUCCAAAAUCGAAAAAAAACCCAAUUUCAGCGACCCAACAGCCGCCAAAGCAGAACAAUUUUUGGGAGCCCUGAAGCUGCUGCACCAAGUUUACCCAUACAUCAGAGUAGCCCAUUUCACAGCCAACCAGUGCAUUCUGGAGGCUCUAGCGGCAGGAGCCUCUAAUAUGACCGACUGCCCAUGUCUGCACAUAAUCGACUUCGACAUAAUGGAAGGCAUUCAAUGGCCACCGCUCAUGGAGGCCCUCAAGAACGCCGAUUACGCGAUCGGUCACAUGAAAAUCACUGCAAUCAAGUGGGAAAACGAAGAACACCGCAGCAACUCAUUGCUGUACUCAACGGGAAAACAGACUGGAAAAAGACUGGCAGAGUAUGCUAAAUCUCUGGGCAUUCCAUUUUCUUUCGAAGAAAAAGAGUUGCAGGAUUUGAAGGAGAUUUCUAUUUCCUGUGACGACAUUGUAGCAGCAAAUUGCAUGUGGGGGCUGCCGCACAUGAUCGUGAGAGCAAAGUUGCAUGUGUGGGAAUUCAUGGAGACAGUGGGUCACAUCAAUGUGGAUAUUUUGACAGUCGCCAUGGGACCCCAGGGAGUCGAUGGUGGAUCCCCCGGCGACUUCGUGGACCGAUUUUCUAGUUGUUUGAAGAAUUUGUGCGCGGUUUUUGAUUCGCUAGAGGCAGGGCUGCCAGAACAUGGUCUUGCUAGGGCUAUUGUGGAGAGGAUCUUUUUUGGGCCCAAGAUGUGCAGAUUUCUGGUGGGUCACUAUGAGGAGUGCAAGCAAGAUUUCGUUUUGCCCAAUGUGGGUGAUAUUCCAGUGAAAUGUGGAUUUGUUCAGGGUGUUAUGAGCAAGGAGAGUGUUAUGCAUGCAGAGUAUGUUGUUUCUUGUUGCAGUGAGGGAGGGAGAUUUUAUGGGCUGGAGUUGGUGGGUGAUAAUCAGCUGGUUCUCAAAUGGGGAUCAACUCCAUUGCUAUGGGUUUCUACUUGGGACUCACCUUGAUAAUUUUUUUCUUUUGAAUGUAUGACUCUUGGUGUCUCAAAUUCUCUUUUUUCGUCUUAAUUCAUGACAAAGGAUCAUAGAAUUUGAUAAAAAAUGUAGAAGAAUUAAGAAAU